CGGCAGCUGAGCUGCGCCUAGCCGCGCCCACUUUAAUCUUUAAUUUGUUAUGACAAAAAAUAACACGAAGAAUAACUUGCGGAAGCAGCCGUUUAUUAUUUUUAUCUACAUAUUUUAAAUUAUUUGUAGACAUAAAAUAAGUGGAAUUAAGUCUUUAAAAUGACACCGAGCUCAUGGCAACAGCAGGCGUUUGCCAUAGACGCGCGAGUAAACGCCCUGCGUGCAUCAAAACACCCAAACUUUCGCACUCAAUACUUGCGAAGGAGAAGCCAGCUGUUGCGAGAGAACGCCGCAAACUCUUAUGAUGAUGACCAGUCUGUUCAGAUGGAGAGGCAGGCAUAUCUUAGAACACGGGUUCAGCUUCUCCAAAAUAGAUAUGGCAUCCUGUGUGAUCUGUCUAGCACACGAAGCGUGAGUGCCAGAAGCAGCAGGAUCAGCGAAUCGCCAGAGAGAAGAGGGUCUCUGAGUGACUGGUCCCUUUCAGAGAGUAGAGUUCAGAGGGGAGACGUGGUGCCCACGGCUGACGCUGAAGCUUCCAGGGCUAUUGUUGGUGGAACAACUAUUGAGGAAAAUUACGCAUUUGUCGGUGUUCACCACAUUUUUGACCAACACUCGGCGCCAGUCAACAUGGUUAAAUUUGCCAACAAUGAUCGAUCCCUUUUGUGCUGCUGCUCCGAGGACGGUACCCUGUCCAUCUGCAACGUUACGGCAGACCCUCCAUGUGUUGUGGCCAUUCUACAAGGGCACAGCAAGGCCGUCACAGGUUGCGACUGGAGCAGUUCAAACGACUUCAUAGCAAGCAGUUCCCUCGAUGGCAGCAUACGCCUGUGGAACGUGACUGCCGGUCAGAUUCCCUCUUGCCUUCGAGCUAUCACCAGUUGCGAGGCUGGCACUGAAAUUCUUUGCUGUCUCUUCCACCCAGUCAAUGGAAACCUCCUUGUUACUGGCAACUCCAAAGGAGUUGUGCAAGUUGUGAACGUCUCAACAGGAAUCAACCCCAAGAGUGGAGCUAGCAAAAUGGGAGGUCGGGUGCAAGCUAUAGAGUUUGAGUCGUCGGGACAAAUGCUCUGGGCUGGCAACGACAAAGGAGUCAUUUUUUCAUUUGUGCUGGGUCCUGUCAAUGGACGAAUUUCAAAGUGCAGAAGACUGAGUUUGGGCGAUCACUGUUCCGUGACCUGCAUUUCUUGGCGCGCUUGGUGCAGCAGAGAAGCUAGAGACCCCACCCUUUUAGUUAAUGCAACAAACAAUUCAGUUUACUUAUUUGGGGUUGCAGACAGUGAAGGUAAACUGCUCCUUAAAAGAAGAUUUCCAAUCAAACACAAAGAGUUAACGGUCCAUUCUACUUUUUGUCCCAUCAUGUCAUUCCGCCAAGGAGUUUGUGUCGUUAGUGGUAGUGAAGACUGCUGUGUUUACUUCUUUGACAUCGGAAAUGAACGCAGUCCCUGCUUCAACAAACUCCAAGGUCAUUCCAGCCCAGUUCUUGGUAUUAGUUUUAACUAUGACGAGUCUCUAUUGGCCUCAAGUGAUCAGCAAGGUUUGGUGAUUCUGUGGAAACGGGUGAGCAGAAAUAGUUCGUCGGCAACAAGUCCCACAGAUUGUUGAAUCUUAUUUGUUUUCAAUAAUAAAAGAGUUAUUUUCACUU